AUGGGAUGGCCGACGAUGUGGGUUGUGGUCUGGGUUUCUGAGGAGAAGUUUUGCAACAACGCUUGCGUGGAGAGGUUUCUGAAGGCUAAAGGGGACAGUGUGAAGAAAGCAGCCAAGCAGCUCCGGAAUUGUCUUUCAUGGAGAGACUCAAUUGGCACUGAUACUCUGAUAGCCGAUGAAUUCUCUGCCGAGCUCGCCGAAGGACUUGCUUAUGUUGCUGGUCACGAUGAUGAAUUAAGGCCUGUCAUGAUAUUCCGAAUGAAGCAAGAUUACCAUAAAUGCCAUUCUCAAAAACUGUUUACUAGGUUGCUUGUGUUCACUAUCGAAGUGGCUGUUCAAACCAUGGCCAAAAAUGUUGACCAAUUUGUCCUCCUAUUUGACGCCAGCUUUUUCAGAUCAGCUUCAGCUUUUAUGAACAUGCUGCUGACCACACUCAAGAUCAUAGCUGAUUACUAUCCGGCUCGCCUUCAUAGGGUCUUUGUCAUUGACCCGCCUUCUCUAUUUACUUAUCUUUGGAAGGGAGUGAAGCCGUUUGUCGAGCUUUCGCCUCUGACCUCGGUGGUCUCGUCUCUCGACUACGAAGACUCGCUCGAGUACAACAACAACGAUUUCGCGUUGUACCCACGAGCCGUCUCCAUGCGCUUCGACUCCUCUGCCUCGUCGGCCAAAGUAGGAGGCGGCGAGUGCUCGUCUUCGAGAUUCUCGUUCACGGUGUCGACCCACCACGUCGACUCCCUCAAGCCUUGGUACCUCUCCACGUCGUCAGCAGCUACUUCCAAGGUGGGCCCCACCAACCCCUCGUCAUCUGCCGCCAUCUCGCCCCACAACGCGCGGUCCCACUCGUUCGCGUCGCCACGUGGCGCGAGCAGAUCGAUCGACCCGGCCAUCAGGAAGAACUUCUUCCCGUCGACACCGAUGCCACAAAGGACCCAAAAGCUCGACCCGUCAAUGAUCCGACAGUACCCGAGGACUCCAAAGGCAUCGUUUCUUCAAUCUCCGGCGUUGUUCUUCAAGAGAGAUCAUCAUCACUACCACCACCAACAAAGUCGGGUCGACAAAUCUCGAGAGUCGUUUGUCCCGUUCGUCAACUUCUACCGAAGGCCGUACGAUGAGAUGAUCUAUCGGUCGAAGAUGAGGCCGCCCCUCGGCGGACUCGUCUCGAUCGUGUCCCCACAAGUUAGGCGCAGACACGUGUCCAUCUCUCAACGAUUCUAA